AUGCAUAGAGAGAAUAUCACGGUGGUGAACGUCUAUUAUGAGAAUGUAGCUGUGGAGAAAAUUGUGGAAAACCAAUUGUACCCCUGGACGAGCUUCAUUGGGAUGUUGGGAGGGAUGCUGGGUCUCUACACCGGGCUCUCUUUCGUCUCCAUCCUGGAAAUGCUGGAAUGGAUUCUGGACCUCAUCUUGUAUGGUUGGAGGAAACCUCGAAAGGAAAACAUGGGACCGAGGCGACGGGGAAAGACAACGAAGAAGGAGAGGGAGAGUCGAGAAAGAAGGUUGUACGUUCUGGCUUUGCUUGGGGAGAUGAUCACUUCACAAAUUCAACGCUGA